CGCCCCCAGGUUCCCGCGGCGGGCGCUGAGCUGUGCGGCCACCCCGCGGUGGGGCUGGGGGGGCCGGCGCCCCCUGCUCCCGGAGCCGGCCGCCCACCAUGCGGGCCCGCGCGCUGCUGUGCGCGCUCUGCUGUGGCCUGCUGGCCUCGGGCCGCGCCGGCUACUCGGAGGACCGCUGCAGCUGGCGUGGCAGCGGCUUGACCCAGGAGCCAGGCAGCGUGGGCCAGCUGACCCUGGGCUGUGUGGAGGGCGAGAUGGAGUGGCUGUACCCGGCUGGGGCGCUGCGCCUGACCUUGGGGACCCCCGGCGCACCCCGCAUCACCUGCCUGCAGCCCGUGCGCCCCUUCACUGGCGCCCAGGUCUUUGCUGAGCGGGCGGGAGGCGCCCUGGAGCUGCUGCUGGCUGAGGGCCCAGGCCCGGCAGGGAGUCUCUGCGUGCACUGGGGUCCCAACGAGCAAGGGGCCCUCUUUCUGCAAGCCAUCCCGCACCGAGACAUCAGCCGCCGAGUGGCCUCCUUCCGCUUCGAGCUGCAUGAUGCGGGACGUCCAGAGCUGCCUCCCCAAGCGCCAGGCCUCCUUGAGGAUGGUGCCUGCAGGCCCUGCAGUGAUGCUGAGUUGCUCCUGGCUGCCUGCACUGGCGACUUUGUCAUUCGAGGGGCCAUCAGCGGGGUGUCCCACCAUGCAGAGCUGCAGGAGUCACUCAUCACCGUGGCUGCUGCCCGAGUGCUCAGGCUAACACCAAGGCUGUUCCCAGCUGGGCCCCCCGGGGGUGUGCUGCAGGCCCCCAUCCACACUCCUUUGCGCUGCAGCGUUCGGCCUGGCCCCGGCACCUUCCUUUUCAUGGGCUGGAGCCGCUUCGGGGAGGCCUGGCUGGGCUGUGCGCCCCGCCUGCAGGAGUUCACCCGUGUCUACAGGGCUGCCCGAGCUGCCCGCCAGCUGCCCUGCGAGGUGGGGCUGGACUGAGGGAUCUAGGCCUGGGAGUAGGGUGGGGGAUUCCUGCUGGCACCGCAGGGGCUCUGUGCUUCUGGAAACAGUGAUGAGUAAGAAAGCCCAGCACACGG